AUGGCUCGAAAACAGACCGGCAAGGGCCGACGUAUGGAAACCAAGCACCGAGAGACGGCUCACAAGUCGAAUUUCCCCGCCAAAAUGGCCAUGUGGGAUUUCGAACACUGCGAUCCCAAGCGGUGCUCCGGCAAGAAACUGCACAGAUUGGGCAUCAUCAAGUCGCUGAGAGUGGGCCAAAAGUACAGCGGAGUUGUUGUCUCGCCCAACGGCAAGCACGUGAUUUGUCCCGACGACCGAGAGAUCGUGGAGGAGCACGGAGCAGCAGUUGUGGAGUGUUCUUGGGCCCGGCUAGACGAGGUGCCCUUCAACAAGAUCGGAGGUCCCCAUGAACGUCUGUUGCCGUACCUCGUGGCUGCCAACCCCGUCAACUACGGCCGUCCAUGGAAACUCAACUGCGUGGAGGCUCUCGCUGCCUGUUUUGCCAUCACAGGCCAUCUCGACUGGGCCGAGGAGGUACUGUCUCACUUCUCUUGGGGUCAGGCGUUUCUGCAGAUCAACGAGGACCUGCUGGAAAUUUAUGCCGAGUGCACAGACGCAGCCUCGAUCAACGAGGCCCAGAAGAUGUGGCUAGAUGAAAUCGAGGCUGAGCAUGCCCGAAGACAGAAAGAAAAGGCUGCAUCUGGAGGAGUGUGGAAACACGGAGAAGAUCGAGACCAUGGAAAGGCUGGAGAACUUCCUCCCUCCGAUGACGAUGACGAUUACGACGAGGGAGAUAUCGACUUUAACAGACAACUCGAUAACCCCGGCGAGGUCGAUGUUUUUGGAAACACCAUUGUGAAGAAGGAAUCCAGAGUAGACGCCCUGGGAAACACCAUUGAAAGCGACAGUGAAGAGGAAGAGAAGAAGUACUUUAAACAGCCCAGAGUUGAUGCCUUGGGCAAUACUAUUGAGAGUGAAGACGACGAGGAAGGGGUCAAACAGCCUAGAUACGAUUCUCUUGGUAACACUAUCGAAAGUGAAGAAGAGGAAGAAGAAGACGAGGGUGAGUACGAUGAGGAAGACGAAGUGGAUGCGCUGGGAAACACCAUCAAGAAGGUGUUGUAG